AUGUCAUCACCCGAUAGCCCUCCCAAGAGGCCCAGACUGUCUCUCCAGAUCAAGGCAAUCUCGAACGGCCCGAGCGUUCGCACUUCUCGCAACCUGGCGGCAGCCGUCAACCCAAGAUCCCCGACGUCCUUCAAUACUCUUUCAAAUGUCUACGUCACCGCCAUAGGCAAAUCUGCACCCGUCGAGGAGCCACUGACCGCCAUCAACGUGAGGAGCAGAGGUCUGCCACUUAAACUUCAGACACAAAAUGUAUCCACCACGGCACAGCCGAUAUCGUCUUUUGGGGUUGGUCCCGAGACACCCUUGACUGCUCAGCCCAUGUCUCCGGCCGUCUUGCAAAACAUAACCUUCCCUAGCACCAUGACUGCUACACCACCAUUGUCUGCUGGUCCGACGGAGCCGGCCGAGGCCAGAGUUUUUACCUUCUCUGCCGAGGAUACUUCAGCCACCAGGCCGAGGACUGACAUGACCUCACAACUCAUGUCUCCCCGAACGCCAAGAAGGCGUACCACAGGACCGGGCACCGGUGGCUCUCGGGCCGCCCCUUACUCUCAUAACCCGCGCUCGCUGCCCAGUAUCCUGCGCAACUCUCCAUUACCACGCCUCCCUACCAUGUCACCCGUUUCUCCAAGGAGGCAGUCCAAGCGUCUGCAGGAAAAGGCCGCUCGCCGGGUGUGCUACAACACCCCGCUGACCCAGACCAUCACGACGAACACGUACACAAAAUCGCACAUCGACCUGCUCUGCGAGGAGGCGUCGCCUUUCUCACCAUCCAAGCCGGCAUCUGAAGACCCCGAGAUCGUUCUGGAUAUCGCCAUGGCUUACACGGGCGACGAGACGCGGGACGGCGGCCAGACGCCCGGCCCAUUCGAGGAGAUGCGGAGGCGAAUGGCCGGCCUGGCAGCUGCCUCGCCGCUGUCUUCCCCAAGCGGCAUCAGGAAGCGCACCUCCAAGAAGCGCGAGAAGAAGCGUCGCUGGGUCUGGACCAUCGGGGUCGAGGACGAGGAGGGCGACGAUGUGGGAGGCGCCGUGGCCGCCUACCGCGCCGCCGAGGCCGCUGCAGCCGGGACGCCCCUGAAAGUGGCGGCCUCGACCAUCGUCAGGGACGAAGAGCGGGAACCCCUCAGUGCGAUACCCAAGCUGUGCGUCGACACGAUGGCCGUGUUCAACCAGCAGCAGAGGGCCUACGAGCAACCAUGCCNCUCUCCUUCAACUUUGCUUCUUCACGCCUGGGACGUCAUUGGCCAGAUCACCUUCAGCAAACACUUUGGCUACCUGUCGGCGGGAAAGGACUUUGACGGCCACCUCUGGCUGUCGGACAAGGGUGCCGACUACCUGGCCAGCGUCAGCCAGAUCCCCUGGCUCGACCGCCUCGUCGACAAGAACCCCAUCUUCCCCAUCGGCGGGGCCACGGCGCUGCUCGGUCCGACCAUGAAGCGGCUCGACGACAGGUACGCGGGCCGCGACGACCGCGAUCCGGACCAGGCGGCCGCCCAGCCCGACUUUCUGGACAAGUUCCUCGAGGUGCAGCGCGCGCAGCCAGACGUCGUCGACCGCCAGCGCGUCGUCAGCUACCUGUCCAUCAACAUGCUCGCCGGCGCCGACACCACCGCCAUCACCAUCAAGGCCGUCCUGUACUAUGCGCUCCGGACGGAGGGGGUCUGGGCGAGGUUGGUCGCCGCCUGCGAGGACGCCGGGUUGGCGUCGUCGUCGUCGUCGUCGUCGUCGGGUGAGAUACCGUCCUUCGCCCGAGCUCGUGCCGUUCCCUACCUCGAGGCUGUGGUGCGCGAGGCCAUGCGCCUGCAUCCCGGCGUGGCCAUGGUGCUGCCGCGGUCUGUGCCGGACGGUGGACUGGAGCUGCCCGACGGCAAGGUCGUGCCGCCCGGGACGAGCGUGGGCAUGAACCCGUUCGUGCUGGGACGCAACAAGACGGUAUGGGGCCCGGAUGCGGACGACUACAGGCCCGAGCGGUGGCUGCGGGCGGACGGCGAGACCGAAGACGCGUUUGCCGCGAGGUUGAGGGCCAUGAACGCUGCCGAUCUCACCUUUGGGGCCGGGUCGAGAGUGUGUGUGGGUAAGCACCUGGGGCUCCUGCAAGUGUACAAGGUGGUGGCGACUUUGGCUGUCUUUUACGACCUGGAGCUGGUCGAGCCGGAAAAGGAGUGGUGGGUGCGGUGUGCCUUUUUCAUGCGACAGGGGGAGCUCAACGUGAGAAUGAGACGGAAGGUAGUCGCGGGUGACUCGGGCAUGAGAAGAGAGUCUCGGUAA